UCUGCGCUCCGCUCCGCUCCACUUAUCUGAAUCUGAUCUCGUCUGAGCAUCCACUUCCAAAUUGGGUUGUCAUUUUUUGACCCCUUUGCUCUUCCCGCGAACAGGUCAACGUGCUCUCUACGUGGACGUUUUUGAAGACCGCUAAGAGAGAGAGCGAGAGAGAGCUGAGAGAAAUACAGAAAGAGACAGAUCUGAGAGAGAGAGAGAGAGGGAGAGAGAGAGAGAGAGCUGGCUUCGUGGAUCUUUAAGCUAUAGUGUUCCCGUCCUCUCUUCCAAUACUGGACUCGUUGCGUUGGGGUCUGUACCUCUUCACCGGUAGCGUUCUGUGAACGGUGAUCUGGAUACUAAACACUGAGCCUUCGAAAGGUUGUCCGUUAGCCCAUGUUACAAUCAAGAACUGCGAAGACUAUAUAUCGUUUAAGCAUAUUUUUUGUUAUAAGAGGAAUCAGAAUUUACCUUGACGAUUUAAAAGCAUCGCUGACUUGGAAUCAAAUUGCUACAUUUUUCAUUCAUUUGAGGGGAUUUUUUUUCUUCCAAGCAAGAACUCUGGACUGUUACAAGGGAGACGACGGUUAUUGUAAAGACACUGCGCUUUCAAUGCCUAGAUCUGUGCGCGACCAUUGCUGCAGCUUCGUGUGAGAUGUGGCGUAUGGUUUCAUCUCUGAGCCGUGAGAGGAGUAACCCCCUCCGAGGUCGUUGGGGUUCAGCAAGAAGUAACAUCAUCAAAACUUCCGGGUCACCUUCUUCUAAGGUCAUGUGGACCCCACGCCUGCUCUUCAUCUUCACCUUGUUCGCCCCCCUCACACUCGCGGUGAGUCGAGCCCCCGUCCCCAUGGCGGUGGUCCGUAGGGAACUGUCCUGCGAGUCCUACCCCAUCGAGCUACGCUGCCCGGGCACAGACGUCAUUAUGAUUGACAGCGCCAACUACGGACGCACCGACGACAAGAUCUGUGACUCGGACCCAGCACAGAUGGAGAAUACUAGAUGUUACCUGCCCGACGCAUACAAGAUCAUGUCCCUCAGGUGUAACAACCGUACCCAGUGUGUUGUGGUAGCUGGACCUGAUGUCUUCCCUGACCCCUGUCCUGGAACAUACAAAUACUUGGAGGUGCAGUACGAGUGUGUCCCCUACAAAGUGGAACAGAAAGUGUUCCUGUGUCCAGGUAUCCUACGAGGCGUGUACCAGAGUGAACACCUGUUUGAGUCCGACCACCAAUCAGGAGCCUGGUGUAAAGACCCAUUCCAGGCCUCCGAUAAGAUUUACUACAUGCCCUGGACCCCCUACCGCACGGACACUCUCACAGAGUACUCCUCCAAGGAGGACUUCAUCGCAGGACGACCGACGACCACAUACAAGCUGCCUCACCGCGUCGACGGGACAGGCUUCGUGGUCUACGACGGAGCUUUGUUCUUCAACAAGGAGCGGACGCGCAACAUCGUCAAGUUCGACCUCCGCACGCGGAUCAAGAGCGGCGAGGCCAUCAUCGCCAACGCCAACUACCACGACACGUCGCCGUACCGCUGGGGCGGCAAGUCGGACAUCGACCUCGCCGUCGACGAAAUGGGCCUCUGGGUUCUGUACGCCACGGAGACGAACAACGGACGCAUCGUGGUCUCGCAGCUCAACCCUUACACGCUCCGCGUCGAAGGGUCCUGGGACACCACCUACGACAAGCGGACAGCCUCCAACGCCUUCAUGGUGUGCGGCGUGCUCUACGUGGUGAAAACCGUCUACGAGGACGACGACAACGAGGCCACGGGGAACAAGAUAGAUUAUAUGUACAGCACCACGCAGAGUAAAGAAACCUUUGUGUCCAUCCUGUUCCCUAACUCUUACCAGUACAUAGCAGCAGUGGACUACAAUCCCAGAGACAAUCUGCUGUACGUCUGGAACAACUAUCACGUGGUCAAAUACUUACUGGACUUCGGGAACAACGACAACAGAUUGGACUUGGUUCCUCCAGUCAUCCACGGGCCUCCCAAAGUCCCCUCCUCCUCUUCCUCCACCAGUCGGACCACCCGGUCUCCUCCCUACUAUACCACGGCGCGACCAAUCCUCACCACCUUCCCCGGUCAACGGUCCCGGACAACCACGACCGUGAGGAACCCUGCCGGUGGUGGCGUGGUCGUCCCCGGCGAUAACCAGAUCCCAGAGAUCGUUAACCCCGGUGACGGGCGGUCGGUUCCAGCCAUGGGUGUUCCCCCUCUGCCUCCCCAGCCCCCGGUCAUACCCCCCCAGGACCACUGCUCCCCCAGGGUGACAGCUGAAGUGUCCUGGCCCAGAACCCAGCAGGGACAGAUGGCCAAGCAGCCCUGUCCUGUAGGGACACUAGGCGUAGCUACAUACGUGUGUGUUGCUCAGCAGGGCUACUGGGAUCCCCAAGGCCCCGACAUCAGCAACUGCACGUCUCCCUGGGUCAACCACAUCAUGCAGAAAUUGCGUAGCGGCGAGACGGCAGCCGUGGUUGCCAGGGAGCUGGCGGAGCAGACUAAAGGGUUGUUGCGUCCCGGCGACGUCCCCUCUACGGUGAGGGCCAUGGCCCAGCUGGUUGACCUGCUGGAUGUUCAGCUCAGAAACCUGACCCCCGGGGGCAAGGACAGCGCCGCACGCAGCCUCAACAAGCUGCAGAAGAGAGAGAGGUUCUGCAGGUUCUUUCUCCAGGCCAUGGUUGAGACGGUGAACAACUUGCUCCAGCCCAGGGCCCAGGCAGCGUGGAGACAGUUGCCCACGGGGGAGCAGCUUCGCUGGGCGACCACCCUGCUGGACACGGUGGAGGCUGGAGCUUUCAUGCUGGCUGAUAACCUGCUGAAGACGGACACUGUGGAGGAGAUCACCGACAACAUCCAGUUGGAGGUGGCGAGGCUGAGUACGGAGGGGAACCUGGCUGACCUGACCUUCCCCCAGUCUGAACUACAUGGGAACUCCAUCCAGCUGUCUGCCAGCACACUCAAACAGCACGGGAGGAAUGGUGAGAUCCGCAUGGUGUUCGUCCUCUACAGGAACCUGGGCUCCUACCUGUCUACAGAUAAUGCCAGUGUUGGUCUGGGCAGCGAGGCUCUCUAUCCGAACUACUCUGUCAUAGUCAACUCUCCCGUUAUUACUGCUUCUAUCAACAAGGAGAGCAACAAGGUCUACCUGUCUGAACCGGUGGUCUUCACUGUCAAACACCUGCAGCAUUCAGAAGAGAACUUCAACCCCAACUGUUCUUUCUGGAGUUAUUCCAAGCGGUCCAUGACCGGGUUCUGGUCCAGUCAGGACUGUCGACUACUGGACACCAACAGAACACACACCACCUGCUCCUGUACUCAUCUGACCAGCUUUGCUGUGCUGAUGGCACACGUUGAAGUCAAGAAAACAGACACCAUGCAGGAUCUUCUGCUGGAUGUGAUAACAUGGGUUGGUAUCCUGCUGUCGCUGGUCUGUCUCCUCAUCUGCAUCUUUACAUUCUGCUUCUUCAGAGGACUACAGUCAGACAGGAACACCAUCCACAAGAACCUCUGUAUCAGUCUCUUCAUAGCAGAGUCACUGUUCUUAGUGGGCAUCAACAGAGCUGACCAACCGAUUGCGUGUGCCGUCUUCGCGGCCCUGCUCCAUUUCUUCUUCCUGUCAGCGUUUACCUGGAUGUUCCUAGAGGGGGUUCAGCUGUACAUCAUGCUAGUGGAGGUGUUUGAAUCAGAGCACUCCAGAACCAAGUACUUCUACCUGGCUGGGUACGGGGUUCCUGCUGUUAUAGUGGCCGUCUCCGCUGCUGUGGACUACAGGAGCUACGGCACAGACAGAGUGUGUUGGUUGCGGUUGGACACAUAUUUUAUAUGGAGUUUCAUAGGCCCUGCCACGCUCAUAAUAAUGCUGAACGUCAUCUUCCUGGGUAUCGCCCUCUAUAAGAUGUUCCACCAUACAGCUAUCCUCAAACCAGACUCUGGGUGCCUGGACAACAUCAAAUCGUGGGUGAUUGGUGCCAUAGCUCUCCUCUGUCUGUUGGGCCUGACCUGGGCGUUUGGUCUGAUGUAUAUCAAUGAGAGCACAGUGAUCAUGGCCUACCUGUUCACCAUCUUCAACUCCCUACAGGGCAUGUUCAUAUUCAUCUUCCACUGUAUACUACAGAAGAAGGUGCGUAAGGAGUAUGGGAAGUGUUUGCGUUCCCACUGCUGCAGUGGUAAGAGUGUAGAGACCUCUAUCUCGUCCUCUGGGAAGAACCACACCACGUCUCGAACCCCAGGACGAUACUCCACGGGGUCGCAGGUCAUCUUGCCUGCCUGUACACCUGGACGCUACUCCACAGAAGACUCCCAGAGUCGUAUCAGGAGAAUGUGGAACGACACAGUGAGGAAACAGGAGUCAUCCUUCAUGACAGGAGACAUCAACAGCUCAGCCACACUCAACAGAGUCUGUAACAACCCCAACGUGGCUGGCAUGUACAACACACAAGCCCCCUACAGAGACACAAAGGGAAUCCUAAACAACGCGCGAGACACCGGCGUCAUGGAUACGCUCCCUCUCAACGGUAACCACGGCAACAACUACAGCGCGGCGAGCGGCGACUACCUCGGCGACAGCGUCCAGAUCCUGGAACGAGGCGGCGUCGGCGGUUACAGUACCUACGGCAACCACAAGGAGACGACGACGUUAGAGAAGCAGAUCCUUAAAGAGUUAACGUCCAACUACGCCCCUUCGUACUUGAACAACCACCAACGCUCGGCGACCACCGAACGCAACCACAACCUGAUGAAUAAGAUGGUCAACAUCGGUAAUGGCAACGGCAACGCGGGCGGCCUGGUCGGUAACGGCAGUAACGGAAUCGGAAUUGGUGGCGUAGUCGGCGGCGGGAGUAACCGUGACUACGACUUGAGUAACGAUGGCGUCGACGUUAGUCACAUGGUGCUGGAUAACCCCAACGCUGCCUUCCCAUUGGAUGAGAAUUUGGGAUUGGAGAUUAUAAGGGAGGAGUCGAACGCCCCCCUCCUCCCGCCCCGCCCUCUGCCUCCCCCGGACAGCCUCC